CACUUCCACAUGCUGAAAUUGUGUUUCUUCCUCUGUUUGAUAUACUGGGUGAGAUCAGAUGAGGAAGAAAAAUGUCCCGAAUUUACAGACCUUAACCUAGGUGAUGCUUUGUCUGGAACAGAACUCCAUGUUCAGCUACUCCUGUUCACAAGGGAAAAUCGAGAUUGUGCUGAGAGACUCAUUGAACACAAUGUUUCUGCAUCUGAGUACCUGAAUACAAACAAGAAAAUUGUCUUUGUUAUUCAUGGCUUCAGGCCAACAGGAUCUCCUCCAGCAUGGCUGGGUGACAUGAAGAAGCUUUUACUCUCUUCAGAGGAUAUUAAUCUCAUUAUAGUUGAUUGGAAUCGUGGUGCUACCACUGUGAAUUACAAAACUGCUGUGGAAAACUGCAGAAAAGUUGCAGAAAUACUGAAGAAUUAUAUUGACCAGAUGCUGGUGGGUGGAGCAUCUCUUGACUCUCUGUACAUGAUUGGAGUCAGUCUUGGUGCUCAUGUAGCUGGUUUUGUUGGCCAGAAGUAUAAAGGCAAACUUGCCAGAAUUACAGGUCUGGAUCCAGCAGGCCCUUCAUUCACUGGAGAACCACCCGAGCACAGACUGGACCCUACUGAUGCACAGUUUGUGGAUGUAAUCCAUUCAGAUAUUGAUGCACUAGGUUUCAAGAAGCCUUUAGGAACCAUUGAUUUCUAUCCAAAUGGAGGAAUGGAUCAGCCUGGUUGUCCAAAAACAUUUUUCAGUGGACUUCAGUAUUUUAAAUGUGACCAUCAGAGAUCUGUCUUCCUCUUCUUGUCAUCUUUGAAAAACAACUGUGACAUAAUAGCAUAUCCUUGUGACUCUUACUUGGAUUACAAGAGAGGAAAAUGUGUUGAUUGUGAUGCUUUCCAGCCCAUGUCCUGCCCAGUAGUGGGUUAUCAUGCUGAUAGAUGGAAAAAGCUGUUGAUACCAUAUAGUUCACCAACAAAAGCUUACUUUGAUACCUCAGACAAAGACCCAUUCUGCAUGUAUAACUACUUAUUGGACAUUACCACCUGGAAUAAAAGCAUGAGGAGAGGUUUCAUUAGAGUUAAAAUAAUAGACAAUGCUGGAAACGCAGUAGAGGCGCAAAUGAAUAGUGAAGCUUCAACAUUUCAGCAAUAUAAGAGAGUCAAAAUACUGACUGGAUUUUACCAAGACAUUGAGAAAAUUGCAAAAAUUUCCUUGACUUUUUCUACAAAGACUUUAAUAGGCCCAAAAAGCAAGCUUAGGAUUCUUCAGAUGAAGCUGAAAUCUCUCAAUAAGCCAAAAAGGCUACAGCUAUGCAGAUAUGAUUUUGUACUGAUGGAGAACACUGAGGUGACCUUCAAACCUAUCCCUUGCUCUGAGAGGGGUACAUGA